AUGCUCAACUCUAGAGAUUCUGCCGAUACAGACAACGACUUCGAGCUUUAUCGAUACACCCCAUCACUGCCCGCUGCGAUUCAUGCUGUCAUCAUAUUUGCCAUUCUCACCGCUAUCCAUACCGUUCGCCUUCGUCAGGCUCGGGCUACCUAUUUCAUCCCCUUCACGAUUGGAGGCGUGUUUCAAACGAUUGGCUAUGCUGGAAGAAUCUGGGGUCACUAUGAUAAGGAGUCCGUUGGUGGCUUCGUGACCCAAGCGGUCCUGAUUCUUGUGGCACCCGCCUUGUACGCUGCCUCCAUCUACAUGAUCCUCGGCCGACUCAUUCGAACACUCGACGCCCAACACUUGUUUUUUAUACCCGUCAAUUGGGUCACAAAAAUCUUUGUUGCGGGAGACGUCCUGUCCUUCACCUUACAAGCAAGCGGAGGCGCCUUGGCAUCCGGCAAGACGGUCGAUCUAUAUCAUCUCGGCGAGAAGGUUAUUGUCGCUGGCCUGUUUGUACAGAUCGGAAUCUUUGGUCUCUUUGUUGUGUCUACCGCGCUAUUUCACUCCAAAAUCCGAACGAACCUAACACCUGUUGCUUCUCACGGCGACAUUCCCUGGAAGAGACACCUCGGGGUCCUUUACCUGACCAGUGGACUGAUAUUGGUGCGAAGUAUCUUUCGUGUUAUCGAAUACCUGCAGGGAAACGAUGGAUAUUUAAUCUCUCAUGAGGUAUUCUUGUAUGUGUUUGAUGCGUUGCUGAUGGCGGCGGUCAUGGUUGUUUUCUUGAUUUGUUACGUUGAUGAUCUUGCAUCGGCCCGCAAGGACAAGGAGGCGUCAGUUGACUCCGAUGGUCACAUCAUGGGGGAAUUGCGAUAA